CAUCGUACUCUUGUCCCCCUCCUGGGUCUCCUCCCGCGCCCCUGCCGCCCACUGGUCUCCCCAGGGCUCCGGAAGGGAAGGAGGCGUGUCCGGAGCAGGCGGGAGGGAGCCAUAUAAAAGCUCUGGCCGCACGCGGGCCCGGGCUUCACUCGCCGCCUCGCGCUGGGACUAGGAGAGCUGCUGGAGGCACCGGCCGCGGAGAGGGUGCUGUGCUCGGGCUACCCAAUGCGUGGACUAUUUGCCACCGCUGCCCGUGCAAUAUGCUGGAGCUCCAGAACAGCUAAACGGAGUCGCCACACCGCUGCCUGGGCUGGAUCGCCGUGCUGCCUUUCCUUAUGAAGAAGACACAAACUUGGAUUAUCACUUGCAUUUAUCUUCAACUGCUCCUGUUUAAUCCUCUCGUCAGAACUACAGGGACCUGCAGGAGUCGUGUGACUGAUGAUGUGAAAGACGUUACAAAAUUGGUGGCAAAUCUUCCAAAAGACUAUAUGAUAACCCUCAACUAUGUCCCCGGGAUGGAUGUCUUGCCUACUCAUUGUUGGAUAAGUGUGAUGGUGCAACAAUUGACAGUCAGCUUGACUGAGCUUCUGGACAAGUUUUCAGAUAUCUCUGAAGGCUUGAGUAACUAUUCUAUCAUAGACAAACUGGUGAAAAUAGUGGAUGACCUUGUAGAGUGCAUGGAUGAACAUUCAUCUAAGAAUGUAAAAAAACCACCUAAAAACACAGAACGCAGGCAAUUUACUCCUGAACAAUUCUUUCAAAUUUUUAAUAGAUCCAUUGAUGCCAUCAAAGACUUUAUCGUGGCAUCUGAAACUAGUGAAUGUGUGCUUUCUUCAACGUUAAGUCCUGAGAAAGAUUCCAGAGUCAGUGUCACAAAACCAUUUAUGUUACCCCCUGUUGCAGCCAGCUCCCUUAGGAAUGACAGCAGUAGCAGUAAUAGGAAGGCCUCAAAUUCCACUGGAGACUCCAGCUUACAAUGGGCAGCCAUGGCAUUGCCAGCUUUCUUUUCUCUUGUAAUUGGGUUUGCCUUUGGAGCCUUAUACUGGAAGAAGAAACAACCAAAUCUUACAAGGGCGGUUGAAAAAAUACAGAUUAAUGAAGAGGAUAAUGAGAUAAGUAUGUUGCAAGAAAAAGAGAGAGAGUUUCAAGAAGUGUAAUUUUGGCUUGUAUCAACACUGUUACUUUCGUACAUUGGCGGGUAACAGUUCAUGUUUGCUUCAUAAAUGAAGCAGCUUUAAACAAAUAUUCUGUCUGGAGUGACAGGCUGCAUCUUUAUCUGUUCUUGCUACCAAUGACUAUAUAAGGAUGAUUCAGAAAUUGGAACAAAGUGUUUUACUGUGAAACUGGCACUGAAUUAAUCAUCUAUAAAGAAUAACUUGCAUGGAGCAGGACUCUAUUUUAAGGACCUGGGGGACUUGUGGUCUCAUUUAGAACUUGCAACUGAUGUUGGGAAAGAAAGAACAUGUCCCAGACUGCACACACCAUUUGCAUGCCUCCAGAAAUGUCUAAUUGCUGAAAAACCACAUAGCUUUAUUUUUCAGUUACAACCGGCAGCCCAUGGUUAUCCUGGUCUCUGCAAGUUAAUUUCAGCUGGGAUAGUAGGGGGUAACACUUUUUCUCAAACUGUUUUUUUCUCAAAAACCAAAAAGUCAAUAGCAUCAGCCACUGUACAGUAUAGAAAGCAGUGGGAACAAAAUGAUUGGAGUAGGCGAUGUGUCAGCCUUAUAGCUGCCUGGUUACAUGAUAUGGGUCUGAUCUUGAUGUCUUUCUGAUGGAAACCAUGUUCACCCAUAUCCCACUAGACAAAAGGACAUGGUCAUGCAAGGGAGCCAGUACGGAAUUAGAACAGUGAUGCCUUUGCAGAGUGAAGACUCUCCAAAAAAAUUAAUCCAUGAAGAAGCUAUGAACACUGAAUAGCAGAACAGUCUGCCAAGGAGGACAUUUGGCACCCACGGUGAAAUCUACCUUUUCCCUUGACCAUUAUAGGAUGUAUAAAUUGUGUUUGCAAAAAAUAUUGCAAAAUGUUUGUACUCUAAAACUAUUACAGUCUUGUAAAGGGACUUUGGAGAAAUUGCUGAAUGUAUGAAUGUCCCAUUUUCCAAAUCCACCAUGGGGAAGAGUAAAAAUAAAUUAUAAUAUUUAGUAUCUAAGGUUAGAGAACCACACCCACAUGCUAAUAUGGGUGUUGAAAACUAGGUUACUUGGCUUUUACAAGAAUGCAAGGAAUCUGGAAACUUUAGUUAUUUAUAGUAUAAUCACCAUUAUCUGUUUAAAGGAUCCAUUUAUUUAAAAUCAGGCAUUAUAUAUUCAUUAAGGUUUAUGAAUUAAAAAUAAAAAGAGAGCUUUAUGUAGUCAUGCGUGUCAGUUUGCUGUUUAAAAUGUGUGACAGCAUUUAUCAUAUUUAGAGUGAAUUUGGCAGAAAUUUCCAAGUUGUACAUUGUGCUUUUAAAGUAGAACUUGUAAGAUGUUAUGUGAAUUCCCCUUGCCAGUUUUUUUUUUUUGUAUAGUCAAAGAAACAUCUGACUAAAGUCAAGGAUUGAUUUCCUGUGUUUUAUUUUGAGAAAGGUUCUUAUACCAUACAGGGAGCAUGUGGAUAGAGAAAUCCAAAGCUUCCCAUUCUAAUACGAUUGUUGUGAUAACAUUAUCACCAUGUACUACAACCAGAAGAGGCCCAUUUUCAAUGUAGUUAUACAGACGGGCAUGAAAAACUAACAGCUUUCCUUUGAUUUCAAAAGUCCAAGAAUUUCUGGUAUAGUGGAUUUUAGCUUAUGUUCAAAGCUAAUCCAAAAAUAACUCCAGUAAGUGGCCUUUGAUCUUCUUUUGUACCAAAGAGCCCAGAAUAUUUCCGUGGUCCUUUCCUUCUCUGAAAUUCUGUGGUUCCUCAAACACUAAUCAUUUCUCUAAUAUACACCCAGGUGCUUUGGGAAGCUACAUUAACUUGUUCACAUAUAGCCAUGGCACAAUCGAUUAGUAAUAAAGCCAGAGAUCUAGUUGCUAAAAGGAUGUGUCUCGGUGUGUGACACUGUUUUGUGAAAAAUAGACAUCGGUUAGUGUGAGUUAUGUGUGUAGGUCGUGGCUAUCUAGGUUGAUACUUUUCAGUCUAAUGGUUUGACAUAUAACUAAUGGUUUCAAUUUUCUUGGGCAUAUGAAAGGUUGUUUAACGAAAUAGAUGGAACAAUAAAUGUACUCUUGUUCUCAAAGCCAGUAGCUGAAUUUUGACACUCAAGGACAUGGUCCUAAUAAAUACAGUUAAAUAAACAAAUUCAGCAAGUUAUGAAAUCUGGGAUGGUAGGGGAGGGGAGAUGUGUUCUGCUUAAUUAAAUGUAUUGUUUCAUUGAGAGUUACAUGGAUUAUCAAUUUUUAAAACACUAAAAUUCAAUAAAAUGCAUGAAGAAUAGAAAAAAUGCUGGCUAUUAUUUUGGAUGUUAGUUGCUUGGGCAUUAACUGUCAUAUCUGAUUUGAGAAAAAAAUACAUGUCUUUGCUUAUUUUAUCCCAUAUUUGUUCUGAAUGUAAUUCUUCAUAAAUGCUGAAAACUCAGAACUGACAUUGUAAACCAUGAAAUGAUAUUUCAAAUUGGUACCAUAUAUCUGAUAGUUCUCUCUUGUAAUGUUUCAAAAUUGUCUUUUAAAAUAAGCUCAGAAGUCCUGCAGAUUUUAAAUUAUAUUGAAAACUUUGCAGCUCUUCAGUAGUACCCACAUCUAUAAAAAAAAGUGGCUCCAGGAUAAACGAUGCCUGCCCAGAAGUAUGAGAAUGCUCCUGGAUAUUGUAUUAUAAUGUAAUGUGCUUACCAUACUGCCACUUUUUAAUGAAUCAGAGACGAAUUGAUUUUUUCAAUACUAUAAUAGAAAAAGUAACUGGUUCUAUUAAAAUGAAAAGGCAUGCAUCCAUAAUGAAUUGUUUGCUUUUAAAAAGAAUUAAACUUCAUUGAGCAUUAAAGUAUUUGGAGAACCUCUGUUGGAUAUUUUACUACACUAAUUCAAUUGAAUUUUAAAUUAACUGAAAAAUCCAUUCAGAAGUCAUGGAUAUUAAUGUUUUUAAGCAGCUAGAUUUUGGCUUCAAAAUUUAAUUCUAAUAUGUGACUUUUAGUCACUCCAUAUCUAUUCUUCUUUAACUAAGAAAAAUACUUUUCAGAAAGGCAGUUUGGUAGAAUGGGAUGAAUGUUGGGGAAAAUUGUCAGAAGAUUCCACUCUGCCAUGAACCGAUGAUGGCAAGUCACCGUCCCUCUUUGGAUCGCAGGUGGUUGUUGUUUUUUUAAAUCUAUCUGGGAACUCUAAGGUCUCUUCUGGGUCUGAAACCUAUUGCUCUAUGAUUAACAAAAGAUUUAAAAUAGAGCUGACACAACACCAUACAAAAUAUUCUAUUUCAGUGUCUUUGAACAAGCAUCUUGACCAUAAAAAGUCACUGCUGUUCUUGUUUCUAAUGUAUAUAGGGCCCAUUAGUAAAAGUGAAACUUAGUCUCAAAUUUACACAAGCAAUGGCUGUUCCUUUGCUUAAAUAAACAUUUGGAUCACCUCUGAAGAAUGAAAACCAGUAUAUUCUAAUCAGGAAGAUAUACUAUGAAACGUGUGUAACAUUUGGAAAUGCACCAAAUUAAGCAUUUAAAUGCCCUAAUUUUAUUAAAAGCUAAGAGCAGAAAAUGUAAGAUGCUCAUAAAAUUUUUGAAUGCCAAAAGAUAUUUUAGAAUCAAUUCAGAAAAGAGUAAUCCAUACAUUACAUUUCAAAAUUAGAAAAUGGGAUGAGUUUUAGAGUAAGCCAGCUUAUUUUAGCUUAUCUUUGAGACUAUAUUAUUUUGAAAUUAGCUUUAAAAUAUAAACAUUCAGAUUGAAAUUCUAACUAGUUCAUUUGAGAUAUUUGGCCACAGAAUUUAUGAAGUUAUUGCUUUCCUUUAAUUAGUCUUGAAAUGCCUUUGUAAAGAUAAAAAUAAUGGUACUUUUAUUUCCUUACAAGGUGUUAUUUUAGAAAUAAUCCAUAUUAAAAUGGAUAUCCAUGAUCCCAAAAUGUUUACUUAACAUUGUAAAUUUAUGACUGCCAUCCCCAACUACAUCCUUAUGAUGUUUUUAAAAAUAAAUUUAAUAUAAUUGUUUAAACAAAAACCAUUAUUUUUUCAGUUAUUUGAUUUCUGAGCUAUGUCUCUUUAAAUAUAAUUUUCCAGUCAGAAUAUCCUAUUCUGUAUUCUAAGAACUAAUGUGUGAUUAUCGCAUCCACUUGUCAUUAUUUUUAAAUCAAUGGACUUGAAACGUAUUCAGACAUUUAGAUGGUUGCACAGACAUAUUGCUAGUUCAGUCAUAGAUUGGAGUUUGCAUAUUGUAAUGUAAAUGUAUGUCAACACUAUUAUAAAUAGUUUUAUUAAGGCUGAAGUUUAAUUAAAUAAAAGCAGUUGUAAAAUGUGGUGUAUGUAUAUAUACUGUAUGUGUACUUUUUAAAAUAGGUGUAUGUCCUGACCCUUUUUUAUACAGGUUUGAAUUUGAAAUUACAUUAUAUAUACAUAUACUUUAUUGUUCUAAAUAAAGAAUUUUAUGCACUCU